AUGAGCAGAGCGAUGGUGGUUGGACUAGGACUGGGGUUGCUGCUUCUGGCACUGCUCCUACCCACGCCGAUUGAUUGCAACCAAACAUCUGUUGCACCGUUUUCUAGUAACCAGAAUAUCUCUACUGCCUCAAAUCCAACUAAUGCCACCAGCAGAGCAGGUGGCAGGGCCCUGCAGUCAACAGCCGGUCUCCUCGCCGCCGUCUCACUUUCUCUUCUACAUCUCUACUGUUCGAGACGCAGGCCAAGAAACGUCUCGACUUCCCCAUCUUCUAGACCCACCCCAAAUGUUAACCACAAAUCCAGUGUGACCCAGAAGAAACAGGUCCACAUCAAAUUUGCUACUACCACACCUCAACAGAAAACAAGGAGGAUUCAUGUGAAGGGCUUGACAGAUGGUGAAUGCCAAUAUUGA